AUGGGCCUGCUCCUCUCGCUGGUCGCCCUCUAUGCCGAUCUUGCCGCUCUGCUUCCCAAGCUCUUCGGUCUGCCAUUGUCAUUGCCCGCUGUCGCAAUGAUCCAGCUUGAGCCAGAGGCGAGGGGCAACUUCCACGCUGUGGUUGUCAUGCUGGCCCUUUCCAGCAUCACCGUCUUCCUACGCAUCGCCUUUCGCUUCUCUCAGCAUCAAAAGCCCGAUCUCCCCGACUAUCUGGUCGUUUUCUCUCUUCUCCUCUUUGGUGGCUACGAUGCCACGAUAUUGAAUCCACUUUCCGCGAGUACAAAUGAUAAGUCCUUUGCUAAUGAGAGGCCUGAUCCAAAAGACAUCCUCAAUGUGUCGAGUAUUGGUGUAUUUGAAGGCAUGCCGAUGAAGACGAAAAAAAUAUCCAUCUGGAAGCGUCAGGAAUUUAUGAAGAUGGUCUUCGCGGACGAGAUCAUUUUCUGCGUCAUCAUCACCCUCGUCAAAACCAGCCUCCUCAUCUUCUACUGGAAAAUCUUCUACGUCAGCACGCUCCAGCGCAACAUCAUUAUUGUCACUGCCACUGCCUGCUUCAUCUGGUUCCUCGUCUUUCUCUGCCUCACCAUAUUCCAGUGUCAUCCUGUCCGGUACAUCUAG